UACAAAAAUAAAAUAAGUCUCUUACUCCAUUUCAUCUCGAGCUUUCCAACACUGAAAAGAUAGAGGUGAGUCUGAUUUUCUGUAUAGAGAUGUUAAAAUUGUUGUCUCAGAAGAAGCUUCUCAUCUUCGUACAACAAAAUGGGAUCUUUAGAAGAUCCAUGGGAUUCUGUAGCUUAGUGCAAAGACCCUUGGAAGAAUCUUCUUCCGUUGAAGAAGUAUCCAAUCUUCUUAAACAUGAUAACUGGCAGUACCUAAUGGAAUCAUCAGAUAUAUCCAACAAGUUGAACCCAGAUAUCAUUCAGUCAAUACUUCAUCAUCAGGUUAGUAUUAGUAAUAAUUCUGCUGGACGUCUCUUACAUUUCUUUUAUUGGUCUGAGCAAAGAUUAGGUAUUCCUCAGAAAUUGAAUUCCUUUUCCAUUUUGGUGAUUUAUUUGUGUAAUUCCAAGUUAUUUGGACCAGCUAAUGGUUUAUUAGAACGAAUGAUACAAACCCAUUUAUCCCCUUUGGAGAAUUUGCAUUCUAUUGUUAGCUCUUUCCAAGAAGUCAGUGGUGGCGCCACUUCCGCUGGUGAUGGUAAAAAUAUGGUUAUUGAUAUAUUGAUAGAUACAUACAACAAAAUGGGUAAGUUGGAAGAAUCUGUGGAAGUAAUUUUAGGUAUUGAGAAUGCAUUUUAUUUUCCUAGUUUAAGGUGUUGUAAUUCAUUAAUGAAGGAUUUGGUGAAAGUAAACAAGUUAAGUUUGUUUUGGAAGGUAUAUGAUAAAAUGUUGGAAAUGAAAAUGUUGUUUGAUGUUUAUACUUAUUCUAAUGUUAUUGGAGCGCUUUGUAAAGUGGGUAAAGUAAAUGAAGCCAAGAAAGUACUUGUUGAAAUGGAAGGGAAAGGUUGUAAUCCUAAUUCAGUAACGUAUAAUGUUGUUAUUGGAGGUUUUUGUAAGAUUGGAGCACUAGAUGAAGCUUUUGAGUUGAAACGUUUAAUGGCUCAAAAGGGUUUGGUUCCCGACGGGUAUACCUUUACUGCACUUAUCAAUGGGUUGUGUAGAGAGAGAAGGUCUAGUGAUGCUAAAUUGAUUCUGGGAGAAAUGGUGGAGAUGGGUUUGAAGCCUAAUCAUGUUGCGUACUCGACUUUGAUUGAUGGGUUCAUGAAAGAAGGUAAUGUAGAUGAAGCUUUCAGGGUGAAGAAGGAGAUGGUUGCUAGUGGAAUUCAACUGAAUCGUAUAACUUAUAAUAUGCUGGUUGGUGGUUUGUGUAAGAGAGGUAGAGUGGAAAAGGCACGCGAAAUCUUGAGCGAGAUGGAUCACUUGGGAUGGGAAUCUGAGUCUCACACCUACAAUAUGUUGAUUGAGGGUUAUUGUCGAGAGCGUAAUUCAAGUAUGGCUUUUGAAGUGCUUGAUGAGAUGACUCGGAAGAACUUACUACCUACAGUAGUUACUUACAGUGUAUUAAUCAAUGGUUUAUGCCACUCUGGGGAUUUCUCUCAAGCAAGUAGAGUUUUGGAUGACAUGGUUAGAAGGGGUUUGAAGCCGAAUGCUGUCAUCUAUACAAAUCUGAUUGCAGGUCAUUGCAGGGAACAUAGGUUUCAAGAUGCUAUUAAGGUAUUAGAGGGAAUGAGUGAGAAAAGAGUUGCACCCGAUGUUUUCUGCUACAAUUCUCUUAUCAUUGGCUUCUGUAAAGAUGGGAGGAUGGAAGAAGCGAAGCCUUACUUAGUGGAGAUGGUAGCGAAAGGGUUAAAGCCGAAUGCAUAUACGUAUGGAGCUUUCAUACAUGGGCAUAGCAAGGCAGGGGAAAUGGAAAAGGCAGGCAGCUAUUUUACGGAGAUGCUUAAUCAUGGUUUGUUUCCAAAUGAUGUUAUUUACACUGCCCUGGUUGAUGGGUACUUCAAAGUGGGACAAGUUCAAGAGGCCAUCUUGGUAUUUCGUACUAUGAUAGAUAGAGGUAUUCUUCCUGAUGUGAAAGCUUAUAGUGUCCUCAUCCAUGGUCUCGCGAGGAAUGGAGAGAUGCAGGAGGCUAUGCGUGUAUUCUCUGAAUUCCAGGAGAAGGGUUUGGUUCCUGAUGUCUAUACCUACAGUGUUCUCAUAUCUGGGUUCUGUAAGCAAGCUGAGAUUGGUAAAGCGUUUGAGCUUCAUGACGAGAUGUGCAGGAAAGGAGUCGAUCCCAAUAUUGUUACAUAUAGUUCCAUGAUCGAUGGUUUGUGUAAGUCAGGAUAUAUUGAAAGAGCUAGAGAAUUGUUUGACAGCAUUCCUGGUAAGGGUCUGAUACUAAACGGCUUCACAUAUGCUGCAAUAAUAGAUGGAUACUGCAAAUCAGGUAAUAUAAUGGAGGGGUUCAGAUUGUUCAGUGAGAUGCCGUCAAGAGGAGUCUUGCCUGAUAGAUUUGUUUACAGUGCUCUUUUGGAUGGUUGCUGCAAGGAAGGAAACAUGGAAAAAGCUCUGAAUUUGUUUCAGGAAAUGGUGGGUAAGGGCUUUGCUACUACACUCGCUUUCAAUAUUUUAAUUGAUGGGUUUUGUAAACUUGGAGACCUCGAAGAAGCCCAGCGGUUGCUAGCAGAUAUGGCAUUUCAGAAGAUCAUGGCUAACAAUGUUACUUACACGACGGUGAUGGAUUGCUUCUGCAAGGCUGGAAAAAUGAAAAAGGCUAGAGAGAUCUUCUUGAUAAUGCAGGAAAAUAAGCUGAUGCCAAACACCGUAACUUAUACUUCACUUAUGCACGGCUACAUUAAAACUGGGAAUACACAAGAGGUAUUUGCACUAUUUGAUGAGAUGAAAAAGAAUGGAAUCAAGCCAGAUGAACUUACCUACGGUUUAAUGGUUGAUGCUCAUUGCAAGGAAGGAAACUUAUUAGACGCCUUUGAGUUGCGAGAUGAGAUCCUUCAAAAGGGAAUGCCAGUUACCAGCACAACUUAUGAUGCACUAAUAGAUGCAGUCUCUGAGAAGGAAGAAUUCUCUAAAGCACUCAGUUUGCUUAAUGAAAUGGGAGAACAAGGACUUAAGCCCACACUUGAUAAGUGUAGGAAUCUAAUCUGUAAAUGUCAUGGAGCUGGCAAUCUGAACGAAGCUACCACUAUCUUGGCUGCCAUGGUUAAAUUUGGGUGGGUUCAAGACAUAACCAGUGUAAACGAUUUCGUAGGCGGACACCAAAAUAAUGCAAACGACGAGGGUUCAAAAAAAUGUGUUAGUGAAACAGCAUAGACGAAGCGUUCACUGAUUGAGGUAUCUUAAAUGAUUACUUCGGCUGGUUCCACCCUGGACUGAUUCGCUGCUUCAUUUUGCCAACUGCAUGGCUUGACUCGGCUCUUUGUUGCUUUGCUAGUUCUUUUUGCCAACUACGCACAAAGACAAAUCAGGCCUGAGUGGUUCAACUUCUAGAAGAGCUCUUUCGACAGCUUGCUUGGUGGUGUGGUGUUUUUCAAACCACAGAGUUUACAAAGUGUUGAAGCGGUUGCAGGAUCCGACUUGAGUGACAUACUUGUACAAAUGUUGAAAAGGACAGCUCGUCCAAUUAACAAACAAUCUGUGUUUUUAUAACAAUAAUUAAUGAGAAGAAACUAAGGGAUGCUGAAUCAAAAUGAGGAUGGAACCGAUAGCAGUGGAUGGUGAAUUGGCGUAAAGUUGGAUGUUUUUGAUGAUGGAACUGCUGCAGUCUGAACCAAAGGAUGUUGAAGCCUCUUCCAGUAUGGAUUGAAAUGUGUGGGUGCGCUUCUAGCCAAGGUUAUAUUUCUCGAAAGAACACAUGUUGAUAAACAGCAUAAGCAGCAGCUCCUGUCAAUGAAAUACUGUAGAUGUUUCUACUUCACUGUUCUGUUCUCUUUUACGUGAGAGAGCCCAAAAUGACUACCUACAGAGGACGAUGUACUUUUAAUGUUGGAACUUAAAAUGCUCAUGAUCACUGUUGCUGAUUAUUCUCGUAGCCUUUGUAGGUUCAAGUUUUUUUAAAUGUAGGCACAGUUCUCUUUAUAA